GUAAAAAGACAAAAGCAAAGCCUCUCCGUCAAAGUUUCGAGCUUUUUCUCAUUUAAUGUUUGUUGUUCGUCUCUGCGCCUCCUCCGUCCAAAAAAAAUAAAAAUAAAUUCGUUUUGACUUUUGAAGAAUCAGAUCAAGCAGAUCGGAAACUGUGAGAACUGGGACACAAAGAAAGAGAGAUACUUUGAGUUUUUGGUCGAAUGUUCGCAGAAUGAAUCGAAUAACGUCUUCUUCCAAUGCCCAAACGAAGAAAUUUCCUCAGUCUCAGUCUCAGUCGCAGCCGCCGGAUAAAAAGGAGAAAAACCUGAAAAUGGAGAGAUUUCCGGUGAACCCUCUGAGAGGUUUCAGUACAAGAAGCUCUGGAAGCAGUAGUAGUAGCAAUGUGAGUGGUUCUGGUUCAACUUCUGGUGAAGCAUCCAACGGUUGUCACAGGUUUUUGCAUUCUCAUUCUUUCUCAUCGUCUUCUUCAUCUUCUUCUUCUUCGUUGGGAGUUUUUACUCGUAGACCAGUGAAUUCAGUAGAUAAAACCCCCAAAUCUGCUCCAGUUGUGAGUAAACCCUUAAUAAGAAAGAAACCAAGCUCUCUUGAGGAGGUUAAGCUAAAGUCCACUCUUACUGAGAAAUCCAAUUUGCAGAAAUCUCAGAGAUGUAAGACAAAUCCUGUAUCUGGAAAGAGAACAACUUGUAAGAUUACCAUGAAACCGGAGAAAGUUUCGGUUUUGAAGAAACAAUCUUCUGUUUCUAGAAAUGUUAAGCUUAGAGAUCGCCAAACUACGAUUAGAGUAGAUGACAGUAUUGCUCAGAGUACUCCUGUGUCUAAAUUAGGAACCGGAUCUGAUUUGAUUUAUAGAAGCAACGGUGAAGCUACUGAUGAUGGUAGGCUAAGUAGCAACAGUAGUAGUUAUCAAGACAGUACACCACCGGUUCAAGCUUCGGUGUCUCCAGAGAUACAGUGUGGAUCGUCUAUGAAUUUGUCGGCAUUAGAUCAAUCACAAGCUUGUUAUGCUGCGGGGCAUUUACUCUCAGGUGUUAGUGAUAAGAGGAAAUGCAAGCCUAAAGGGAUACUCACUGUGGGCGAUAAUGGUUUUGAGGUUGGUAAGGGCAAGAUACUGAAUGAUUCUGAUGAAUUUGAUGAAGGAGAUUUUGGUAAUGACGGAAGUUGUGUUAACAUUUCUAAUAUGCCUUUGCCUGCGGAUGCGUCAGUGCACUGGCUUUUAUCUCCUUGUGAUGAGGAGAAAGAACAUGAGAAUGAAAAAUCUGAUGAUGGUUUCUCUCAGUUGCAGCAAAUUGUUGAGUGUGUUGGCCAUGAGACUCCUUCGCCAGUAUCAGAUCGUAGUGCAUCUUCGGAUCUAUGCAACAUUAGUAGCGGUAGAAGUCUUUCGCCCAUGGAGAUAUAUAAAGAGACAACAAGAAGGAUCAGUUCUUCGCUUUCUCCAAAUGAGCUUUUUCGGUUCAGAAGAUUUAUUCACCUUUCAUCCUGUGAUGGUGAAGCCUCAGCAUUCGACGCUUCCCCUACGUGUGAGCUAGAUCCUUCAGUGCAUUUGAAAGGAGACAAAUCGUCUCCCUUAUCUGUCGAUACGCUGGGAAGUGAGAAUGUUAUCCAAACACCUGAAUCCAACUCAAGCUUCGACAAUUAUUUCGGACUCUCAUGUUCUCAAGCUGAAAUCCAAAAGAAACAUAAUGUUGGUUCAUAUUUGGAAUCACUGACAAUGAAUUUUCAGUCAGCCGGUUUGUCACCAAGGAUCCAGGCUUCAUCACGGGAGCCGAGCCGUUCAAGUUUCAACUUUGACUCUUUGGCUACAUCUUCUGAUUCCAUUGAUCUCUCACAGUUUCAGAGAGCUUUAGCUGACAGGAGUUCUUUUCAUCCUCAUGUAACAUUGGAUACAGUGUCAAGGACACAUGUGAGAGUAGAGCAAACAAAUUGCCACAUGCCUGAAAUAAAAUCCCAACAGAUUACAGAUACUAAAUUUGAUAUGCAAAAUCACAAAGAAAGUGCUGCUCCUCUGGGAAAAGAAAGAGAAUUACUUCCAUUCUCUGCUGCAGAGUCAAUAAGCACUGAUGGUGGUGGUCUGAUUUGUUCUGAGGAUUCAAAUUGGAUGGCAUGUUACAAGAAUUAACUUCCUAGAAAGAAUAGUUUUAGCAUCUGUUUCUUUGUAAGUAGGUCCACGUUAGCAAGAUACCUAAAGGAAAUUUCCUUCUGUUAUUGUGUUUAUCUCUUGUUGUCUCCACAUUUCCACUAUAAACAGCAUUUUUUAUC